AACUUUAGAAACUCAUGUCGUAAAGAACACAGUUAGCCAUUUAGUCUACAACUGACUUUGCCGCGUGUUUGUUGCAGUUGUAGAUGUGAUAUUUAGUGCGUGUUAUUACAUCAGUUAUAAAAAAUGGAUAAAACACAGUAUGGUUUUGGAGCCAUUUUGUUAUUAGUUGAAGCAACAAUCAUCAUUCAGAUGGCCACAAUGGCUGAUUAUCAUUCACAUGCAAAAGCCACUGACAAUGUAGGAAAUAAUAAUGCACAACUACCAAAGUAUUACCGCGAGGAAGAAAAUAUACUUCGUAAGAAACAUCCAGUAUUCCAAGAUGUUCAUGUUAUGGUGUUCAUUGGAUUUGGAUUCCUGAUGACGUUCCUGAAGAAGUAUGGGUUCAGUGCCAUCGGUUUCAACUUACUGAUUGCUGCACUUAAUGUUCAGUGGUCUAUACUCUGCAGUGGCUUCUUCCAUGGUGGGUCUGGACAUCACCACAUUGACAUCAGCAUUACCACUCUUUUAUCAGCAGACUUGGCAACAGCAGCUUUGCUGAUUUCAUUUGGUGCUGUUCUUGGAAAAACAACACCUCUUCAACUAGUAAUAAUGGGUCUCAUAGAAACAGCUCUGUUCACUUGCAAUGAACACCUGGGUCUGAAUAUAUUCAAGGCUAAAGACUCAGGAGGUUCAAUUUUUGUCCAUGUGUUUGGGGCUUAUUUUGGUCUUGGAGCAAGUCUUGCCCUGGGACAUGGCAAGACCAUCAGCCAAGGACCAGGACUAGAAAAAGAAGGCUCUUCAUAUAAUUCUGACAUCUUUGCCAUGAUAGGUACUGUGUUUCUCUGGUUAUUCUGGCCAAGUUUCAACUCUGCUUUGGUUGAUGGUGAUGACCAGCAUCGAGCAGUGAUCAACACUUAUCUGUCCCUAACUGCUUGUUGUGUCACUGCAUUUGCUCUGUCAUCUCUUGUCAGUGAAGAAAAGAAGUUUGAUAUGGUCCACAUUCAGAAUGCUACCCUUGCUGGUGGCGUAGCCAUAGGAACAGCUUGUGAUAUGAUGAUCUAUCCAUAUGGCGCUCUCAUUGUUGGUGUGCUGGGUGGCAGCCUGUCAGUCAUUGGUUAUCAUUACAUACAGGCAGCCUUCUUGAGUAAUCUGAAGCUGCAUGACACGUGUGGGGUUCACAACCUGCAUGGAAUGCCUGGUGUGCUGGCAGGUAUUAUAGGUGCUGUUAUGGCUGGUGUUGCCACAGAAUCUCAGUAUGGUCUUAGUCUGUACCAGCAGUUCCCUGCUCGAGCACCAACUAAGAACAGCAGCCAAAUCCAUGACAACCCUCAGCUUUCUCUUCUGAUUCCUGGAGAUGGGAGAUCAGCUGGUGAUCAAGCAGGAUACCAGCUUCUUGCUCUCGGUGUCACACUCGUCAUUGCUGUUGCUGGAGGACUCAUUACAGGUUUCAUUCUCCGAGUUCCAGUGCUAAACAAGAUGACGAAGGAGCAGUAUUUUGAUGAUUCACAUUUCUGGGAAAUACCAGCAGACAUCAAGUCUCAUCAUCAAGAGCCAAACAAAAUGGCAGAAGGUGAUGGGAAAACAGUUGAAGCAUUCGUUUAUGAUAAUACACUCAUAGAUACAGCACAGUGAACUUUGAAUAAUGUACAUAUCCAGCAGUAUCAAAGAUAAUUUCCAGACAAAUGGUUUGGAUACAAGGCUAUAAAGUCUUAUAAACUUUGUUUAAAUACAAUACAAGCUGCAUUAGAUUAACUUGUAAAUAAUAUUCAUUCAAACUGAGGAUAAACCUCUUAAAAAAUUAAAGUGUUAUGUCUGAUUAGACACAGAUUAGAUACAACCACCCCUCCUCUUCCAGAUACUUAAUUUAAUUUUUUAAUGUGCUGUUAAAUUAUGACUUCCAUAUUGAAUAAAAAUAGAUUAAGCCAAUUCCACAAACCCUUCAUACAUACUGAAAUGCCACUUACCAUGUUUACAGAAUAAUCUAAUUCCUUUCAUAAGUAAUAAAAAAUAUAUCUCUUAAAUGAACACAAAAACAACUUAAUAGGCAUAUAAUUUUAAUCAGUAAGAUUGAGGUUUU